ACCAUGUAAUCAGCCAUGUCCAAUGACACAGCAGAUCACUGGUAAAUGCAGUUACCGGUUAUCGGCUGCACUUUCCUCAUGCUGUCACAGGCACUGAUGAUCAGUGCCCAGCAGUGCCGCCCACCUGUGCCCAGCAGUGCCGCAUACAAGUGCCCAGCAGUGCAACCCACCUGUGCCCAUCAGUGCCAUCCAGCUGUGCCCAGCAGUGCCACUCAUCAGUGCUGCCCAGCAGUGCCACCCAUCAGUGCCCCCUAUCAGUGCCCAUCAUUGCUGCAUAUCAGUGCAGCAUCAACAGUGCCGCCUAUCAGUGCCCAUCCGUGCUGCCUAUCAGUGCCACUUCAUCAG